AUGCUGUGGCGUUCAUCCAAUCUAGGGUUUACCAACACCACCGCAACAAUCUGCCAAAACCAUACAAACCGCAAGAUUAUUCAAAAUGGUGUGCACAACAUAACACCCCCUCCAUUCCAUCACCCUCCACACUCCAAUAAGCAUCUAGAGGCUCAGAUCACACAAUGCACGGCUCCGGACGCGUCUUGCUUCGCGCCGCCGCGCGUGCCAACGGCGCCGCACGCCGCUCCCUCACGUCGCUCAGCAGCAGCGCUGGCGUUCUGGCUGCACGCUCCGCCAACUCCGGUGCGCUAA